GCAUUUGGAAAAGCUGAGACGGCCACUUCGACCACUGGGGCGGCACGUUCUCCGCUGCAUGUUCUCCGCUGCGCGCUAUUGGCACCACCUCCAACAGCAAGAGCUACGCAGCUAUUGCAAUCACGAAAUAUUUAUCAAGUGUAAAAAUGUCUGGGUCUGCAAGAUUGCAACUUGUCAUGCUGUUUUUGGACUCUAAAAAAUUCUGUAUUGCAUGACCAGCAAGAGGAGCGCCGAUUGUGCUACACGGACAGGGCAUUUCUCAUGCGGAAGGUGCAUCAGGAAGACCUCUAAAUAUCAGCGAUGCUAGGUCAUGCAUUACAGGCAUCUUGGGUCAUGAGAAAUAUGCAUGACAAAUCUUGCAUUCUUCCAGACCCAGACAUUUUUACAUUUGAUAAUAUUAGCACCACUCCUUACCACGACCGUUUUCUGCAAGACGAUUGCUACCUGGAGCGACUGUGCGAUACCAACAUCGAGUUGCCUGAAGAAGUGCGCGAAUUUUGGGCCGCGGUCAGCAGCAAGACACGGGGCCGUGUGGCGCGGGAGAGAAAAGUGGAAGAUAUCGGCGCCGUAAUUGCAGCAAACUACAGUGGAGGUGCUCCUGCUGGUGGUGCGCCCUCUAAUGACUAUGCCAGCACUUUCGAAGGUGAUGAUGAUGAUGAUCAAGAUGAUCAAGAUGGCCAGCAAAUUACCUGUAGCACGCGAACCGACACGGGAAGUAGCUACGUGCAGGAGCAGGGAGAUGGCUGCGGCGGCGCUAGCGCUACUGACGACGGUAGUUCUUUCAUGCCGGAUGACAACCCAGAUUUUGCCUCGAUUCUGGCGUACACGAGAGGAGCCUCCGCAGCUGGAGGAAAAAAGCGCAGCAACUACAGCAUGAACGAAGGUGCAGCCUCCUCCUCCUCGACUGCCACUGCUGACCCGUCGCCAGCGCUGGGUUCAUCUUGUGCUCCCAGUCCUCCAUACACCGCGAUCUCGUCCCCGGUGUUUAAUCCCAGCGCUGACCCGCGGCUGGCGGCUUCCAUGUUUGGCAGUGAGAAAUCUCUCGGCGGCGCCACGGCCGUGUCAACUGACGGGCAGAGCGUCGGCACGUCGACGCGCGGGGGUGGAAUGUUGACACCUGCUGAAGUUAAUGCAGGCUUCCUUGGCCCCGGUUGCAACAGCUACUCGACCACCACUUGUGGAGAGUUGUGUUCCACCUACGGAGCGAGUGGGUCGGUUUGUGGUGACCAGAUGAAGUCCUCGGGAACUGGCGCUGUGGGCGGCGAUGAUUUUGUCGCUGGCGCCGCUUCUGCCAGCGGCACAGCUCACGACCGUGGCAUUCGCAAAACAAGUAGGCAGAUGUCGGCUUCGUCCCCUGUCUUCGUCCCGUGUGGUAUUCAGCACCCACCAACCGGACAUGGUACAGCAAACCCUUCUAGAACAAGUGCUUCCACCACGACCACUGCAUCCGCUGGUGGAGGUGCAGCUGCCAGUUGCGACUACGGCUUCGCAUUUACGCACUCCGCCUUGCAGAUCGCCUUGAUGGUACUGGUAAGUGGUGGGAUCCAGAGGACCUCUAGGAUGGUGGAAGAACUAGCAGGAGUUGGAGUUGCACCAUCUGCGAUCAACAUUCCGCAGCAGGUUCAACAUCCGGAGUGCGUCGCGCAAGAACAUCCAUUUCGGAACGGAAAUACUGAUCGUGGGGCCUAUCAAGAAGAACCUUACCACAGGGGGGGCUCUUGCAGUACCGACCCCAGGCCUACACAAGUACGAGAUGCUGGUCAAUACUUCCAGCCGAUCCAUUUCUACUCGCAAUUCUAUGGCGGGCCUGCUCCGUGGUCCGAAGCUGCUGCUCCUACGACCUCGCAGAAAAAACGUCCGAGUGCAGCGGCUGUCUCGCGGGACGAGAACGAAAUACCGCAGCAGGGUGUUUUGAUUCCUGCAAGAACCGAACGUGACAAAAAAGCGCCUAUGACAGGAGCACAACAUCAACACGUUGAGCACGACGAGCAACAUAAAGACGAAAGAAUUCCGCAUGAGCAGGAGCUGGUGAAGGAACUUCUAGAGCGCUUGCUCCGAUGCGUCCCCGACCCGAAAACUGCUGCCAAUGUGUUGUUUGAGCAUUUGUUGCGAGGAAAAGUGACCUACGAUGAGCAACUUCAGGAGGAGACUCUCGCACGAUUGGAGGAAAAAUCCUCGAGAAGAAACGAAGCGGAAAGAUCGGCGAGGCAACCACAGGACGAGCCGACAGGGAACAGACCGUUCUUGGCCUUUUCGCAACAGGAAUUUCACGCUGAACAUGAACCAGUGGCCAGUACGAGCUCCGCUACAACUGCAGAAGUCUCCGCAGGGCCGUCGUCAACCUCAGCCCGACCAACAAAGCUGAAUCCGAACGCGGCGGCAUUCGUCCCCCCAACGGUGAUUUCCCACCCCGACGGACCAGAAUACAGUUUUAGUCCUGGCGGGAGCCGGAUUACGAAGAGUCAAAAGGUCGAGUGCUACGACCCGGGGAAACGGAUGGAGUCUGGGUCAUCUCCAUCGCAAAUGAGCAUUGAGGCGAUUACUUUCGGUCCGAUUUCCCGCACUCGUGCGGCUGCCAGUACUAGCUCUAGGUCUAGCGGCGGCCAUGUUACAGCUCUUGGAGGACCAAUUUUUCAACAAAAAACUACUGCAGCAGAGUCGUUCACGGUGCCAACGACUGCGAAAUCGGUGAUCACUUCGUGGACCCCCUCGGAGGAUUCGAAACAAGAAAAAAGAGAAGCAGGUGGUGACAUCACCGUGGUACACUGCGCCACGGCGAAGGAGCUGGAUCAAGCUGCGGCAGCUACUUUGAGACGGGAAGUCGUAAAUGCUCAAACCAACCCCGAACAGCAGCCACAGCACCGGCCAGCAUGUGGUGGCCGCUUUGGAAGUUGUCCUGCAGCGCCGGUCGUUCAUGAGGAGUUCGGUGGACAAGGUGGAUCAUUCGUCCCCUCGCCACCGCCUUGCGGCAAAAGCUACGGAUCCCUCCUCUGCACCUCCGCUUCCCCAUUCAGUCCUCCUUGUUCGCCGCCGCCAAUGAGUCCAAAUCUUGAUUACGGCCGCUGUGGCAAUGGCGCAUUUGUACCUGCUGGAGGACCCGCAGCUCCUCGUGGAACUUCUUCUUGGAAAACUACCGCUACCGCCGUCUAUGAUUCUCCGCACACCGUCCCGGCCUCACCAGCGUCGCUUUCCAGCAUGGCGCCCGGAAUUAUGGUGGACGUUGAAAAUACCGCGAAAGGGUUCUUGGCCCCGGUUGUACCACCACCGAUGCCGCCUCAAGAACCGCCACGAGGUGCUAGUUUAUUUUCGACCCCAUCGAGGACUCCCGCCGCGGCUUCUGAAACUUCUGCCACAGGAGCAGGUGGACCAUCUCCAGACGCGAUGUUGCACCACCAGCAGCGGAGCAGUCUUCAUAAUCGUGAUAGCAUCCAGAUGCAACACACACAGCAGCAACAGCAGCAGCGGCAGUUUUUGCGGCAGCAUCUUUCACGAACACAGGCUGUAGAUGUAGUUGCAGCGCAAGGCGGUCCUUGCGAUAAGCUUCGGACGAGCGCAGUCUCCUUGGCGUCCAAUCCUCAGCCUCCCGGAACAUGGCUAGCUCACGACAGCUCGAUUGCCGCUGCCGUAGCGAGGCAGUUGAGGUUGAGUGUACAGCAAUCCAAAGAACAGUUGUCCCAGCAAGUGCAAGAAUCUUCUCCAAAUGAAGACCAUUACUAUCCGCAAGAACGUUGUCGAUCCCCGCAGCUGCUGCAGCCGCAGCAACCUGCUCAAACUCGCGUUUAUGCGACGCAGACACGACUCGCAGGGACCACGACGGCAGCUGCUGAGGCUACUCGGUUUCCACAAACAGGACAUCAUCAUCAAAGUGUGCCAUUAUUUCACUCGUCCGCCAUGACUGGUGGUGCAUUAUCUUCUCGGCGCUUUAGAAGUACAACUUGGGGGGAGGGGGACAAGGAACUCACACUGCUUCAAAACAUCCGCAUCGGCGUGCCCGGAACGCCGCAAAACCCUCCACCAUCGCAUUCGCCGGAGAGGACAGCGAGUUGUACACCCGUUGUAGGACUACACACCCCUGGUUUUUUAUUUCCGCGUGACGGGUUCAGUGCUACACCGGCCACUGCAAUCGUUGGGCAAGAUGGCAACACAACUACAGCCGCACCUGCUAUGUCAUCUGGUGCAGAUGAUCACAUUGAAGGACCACGGGCAACCGCGCAGCGCCGCCUCCCGGAUCGCGCCGUCGUCCACAUCAGCAGCCAUACGGAGCUGGAUCCGCAGUUCCGCGUUCCAGUUUACCAGCUCGAAGUGAUGAACGUCGAGCGGUUAUUCUGAGUAAAAACAUUCCCACCCCAGCAGAGUUGUCAUGCAAAUCUGCAUGCUGAAAAUGUUUCUCAUGCGGAGCCCCAUGAGAAGCAUUUAUUUUCCAUUCGUGUUUUGGAAUUUUCCAUGCUCCAAUCAGCAUUAUAGGCUAGAUCUGUGGUGUUGCUGAGCUAGCUCGAACAGCACUACGCUACAAGUCCAAAUUUGUCAUGCAAAACAGCCAAAACUUGUGGACUUGUCUAGCGGAGUCCGUAGCCAUUUUGGCUCAAGGGAGUUUUCUUUUUUUUCCAGCAGAGGCUGGCUGUUGCCGGGGAUUAGAAAUGCAAAUACGAAGGUAGUGCGAUUCCAUAACUCAUCUCGUGACGUUUCCAUUUUGACUCUCUUUGCCUUUUCUCACUCUUUGGAUUGCUUUCGCGUCACUUCAUUUUACAAGUAUAUACAAAACAUCAUGGAAAACGGAACGCGGAGUCGGAAGGAUUUGCAUUGAAAACGACCCUGGGCUCGACGAAAGCGCAUGAAGGGUGGCUGGGGAUUGCAAGAUUUGCGCGCGCCGCUGGAGCUACAGAAUGAGGAAGACCAGGUCGUAGGGCAUACGCACGCGGGGGAGGAUGGAGAAAACGGGACCGAAACGAGAACAACGGGCGCAGUACGAAAGUGGAUCGAGAACCAACAUGCUGGAGCAGGGGACAAGGGCGGAAAAGUAAGAAAUCGGGAAAAAAAAGCCGUAUACCUGCGCAAUUCCUUAUAUGUGAAUGACAUGGCGGGUGGGAGGGGUUCUUCACAUUUUUGGUAACGCCCACCGCCCCGACUAGAAUAAUUGAAUGAUGAAAAAAUUGGGGGCCGGGCAAAAAAAAAGUCCCCAUCUUGACUAUGGGGUGGGGACGUUUUUACAUAGGAUAGCGGUACCUCUCCUGGGUCCGGAACGACUGGCGGGCGGUGUUGCUUGGGGGAGUGGAAUAUGGAUUGUAAAAAUGUCUGGGUCUGGAAGGUUGGAACUUGUAAUGCUAGCUUUCCAUACCUAGAAAAUCUGUAUUGCACAACCAACAAAAGUCGCAGCCUCUUUUGUCAUGCAAAAACGCAGUCUCUCAUGCGGAUUGCCUACGAGAAAGCGUUUUGGGAAGUUGUCAUGCCGGACUGCAUUCGGUAGUGUUUUCAUCAUGCACGUUUUAGCAUCACAAGUUUCCAGACCCAGACAUUUUUGCAUUUCAUAUGGAAUUGAUGGACUUCGUGCUGCUCUGGUUCGUGGGGGAGGAGGUCGAGAUUCCGGAUAUGAUCCCCCAGUACGAAAAAAAAUACAGACGGAAAAUGGUCAACUUGAUCCGCGGCGUCGCUCCGGACCAGGUUGAUCCUUACAACGCCUUAGCAGGAGCUGUUGGUGGUCGAGAGUGGAUGCCGGCCCUGCCGCGUCGGUUUCAAGAGGAGAAUGCGGAGCUGUUAGCCAGGUUGUGGUCCCGGUUUGAACUCACUAAGGAGUACUACGACGCAAGGAAUGGCACGGCGACGAUGACGAGCAGCGCUAGUUGUACAACUGCAACUGCUGGUGGAACCUCCCCUGCUGGUGAAAGUCGGUUUCUAGGCCGCGGGGCCUCUUCCUCUGGAAUUGAUUCAUCCGGUGGUGUUCUUGCAUCCUCGACUUCUCCUGCCGCCUCCGCUUCUCGUCCAGCUCGCCGGACGAGCUGGUACGAAGAUAGUUUCCAGGGGGGAGAGGACAUCCAAGAGCAUGAGGAUCAACUCCAAGGCCCUUCUGCAGGGGGUGCGUCUUCCUUCCAUUCGUGGAGCUUUAACCUGAAGACAACAACCGCAGGAGCGGCGUCAGCAGAGCAGAUAGACAGCACAAGACCGCGAACAGGCAUCAAACCAGCCCCAGUAACGGCAGGUCCGGUGCUUGCUGCAAAGAGUUCAGCGAGUUCGUCUAGUUGUACAACAACCACUGCAGCUGCGCCUGAGCGUUGUGUGCUGCGUUCUGAGAGAACAGAACCGGCAGAGCGCCGGCGACCUGCGCCGUCGCCGAGUAUGAACAAUUUGAGUGAAGAAGAAGAGGAAAACGAGAGGCAGCGCUGGCUACCGAUUCUGGUGAAGCGGAAAAUACACGAGGAGUUGACGAAAAUUUACUUGCUGCAUUUUCCCAACCAGAACGGUCGGGGCUACUUGACGAACAACCGCGGAAAGAUGAAUUUCGCGAUGAAAGAACAGAAGAAGAAGCAGGAACGGCAACGCUCAGCACCUUCUUCGCAGCAAGGAGAUCAUUUUAAUGACACAGCCCCUCACACCCCUGCCGAUUACUUCCUGCCCGAAGACCAAAAGCUUCUCGCUUUGGCGGACCUGCUUGACACCAUCAACUUCCAAUACUACGAAGGGGAGCUGCUGAUUCAGCUGCGGCAAUUACGGUGGUUGUUACACGUGGUAUUACAAGGGUUUGAGCACCGCCGGCUGAGAAUGAGGGCGCAACCUUCUGUAUCGGAGGAUACGAGUUCUUCUUACCGUGGCCCAAAUAAGCAACUUGCACGGCAACUGUGGGAGAAAAAACAAUGGGAGAUCGACCAGCAGGAGGGCAGGCUAUGGAAACGCUGGGAGUCGAUCGACGGAAGGUUGAGAAAAAUGGGUGGCCGUUACGAAGGAAAGGGGGGCGGGAAGGGAGGCUAUUCUUGGCGGCCAGUGUGACCCGAUUCAAAGGAUGAACCCAGGAUUGUUACAUACUCUUUAUGAAUAAUACCUACGGCUAGUAUUCUCUGACACAAUGAACGAAACUGCAACUAACCACGAGGCGUGCAACUACAAGAAUUACUUAUCGAAUCACGAUGUACCUUUCUUUCUACCUCAAACUUGAAACAAAUUGUGCCUUGCAUGAAACGAACCGAAGAUUUGGAUUUGCACGGAAAAAAUGAAAAAGGGAUAGCUCUUUGAUAUUUUGAGAACAACCUCUGCCACCUCUCCUAUUGUGCAAAAUAAGAUAGCACACUCAACCUUAAGUACGACCAGAGUGCUUCUUCAUUCACUUUCGUUUUGUUUUGGAAAAUACGCUCGUAUUAAGUAUCGUAUUUUUUCUGAAACUAUUUCAAUAUCAAAAAAAUCUACUUACAUUGAAAACGCGAUCGUAAGUAUCGCGUUUCAUCGCUCUAGAAAAAGGUUGUCUAGGUACUAUUCUGGCGUACCGCUUUAGAUUUUACUCCGCAGGGCCUACUACUGGCCCUCCUGCUGUAAAACUUUUGACUCAAGAAGACAAUUGUCUUCGCUUGUACAAACAACCUGCGCGCGCACCGUGCAGCCUUAUUCGGUAGCACAACAGCGGCUCAAAGCGCUCGACAGAUGAAGAAUGCAACUUUUAAUUUUUUUCUUUUUGAAAUCGAAAUCUUAAUCGUGUGAGAGUGACUAGUAUCGUGAAUAUAUUCAUCUUUUGAUUUUUCUCAAUUUUCUAUAUUCUGAAUGAAGUUUUCUGUAUGGGUUCGUUUUUCUUGACUAAAAAGCACGUAAAACAAAUCGCUCCGACUGACGUGCUUUGUUGACUUUGACAAAUUUGCACCAGUCGAACAACGAGUGAUGCAAAAUCAAAAUAAUCAGACUAGUGAUUUAUCAUAUGCGACUGAGAUUCAAAGCACUAGCAUUUAUCUUGUCCUUGUCGAAAAAAUAGAAAAGCGGCGAACAUAGAAAAUCCACCCUGACUUCUUCAUAGCAGCUGCGAGGUACUACAGCUAGCUCACACUCUUGAUAGACAUAACGCAAAAAUAUCGUACAAAAAUAUCAUAGUCAUUUCGUUCCGCGGAAGACGAAUUGUGAAAAUAUGGGUUGUCGUCUUCACCUGCUAUAAUUGUUAGAAAGAGGUAUUUUCAUCCUAUGUAGUGAGGUCUAUGCCAAUAAACGCAGACUCUAAUCCUGUGAUUCUGUACCAAAACAACUUAGAGGCAAUCUCUUUCUUUGUGCAGCACUUAUGAUUGUCAACCAGAGAUCUCAUCAUGUUGAAGUUGGUGCGACGAAAUGGGAACGACGAAGCUUUGCGGUACCAGAACCAGACCACUACCACUUCAUCAAGAACGCAGAAGCAAAAUAAAAAUGAACUUUUUUGUGUAACUCUAACUACGAAAAUGAAAAAAAUCAAUCAGGAGUGCGCAUACAUUUUUUUUGUCUGCGGAAGCUGAACUCGCAUAUGAACAAUUUCGAGUGGUACAUGAAGAAAUAGAAAACAAUAUUAUAUUCCACAGUGGUAAGAGGACGUAGCGGUACGUGAGGACGAGGAGAUUUGGAAUUUCUUGCAAUCGUGAUCAGGACUUUUUCUGUACCAAAGGGUUACCUGAUAAAAUAACAGAAUACAGCUAGCUCUACCCCUAUGCAUGUUGGAUGAGGCGGGAACUGCGUGAGACUUUGAUCGUAAUUUCUAUAUUCUUUCUGGGUAUAACAAACGAGACGAUCAGCGAUCGGAGCCUGGUCUUUACAGCACUGCUAUAGACGAAGAUGGUACAUAGCGAACAAACAAGUUUUUGAAGUAAAUUUUGCAUGGAAAGAUCGCACUAGAGGUGCUGCUCCUACACUUUGGCCUUCCUUGACAAUAUCAAAAACCUACUGCAAAAUAUAGCUAAAGACCUCGAAGAAUAAAGAAAACUAGUUCUGAAACGGCUUUGGAAGAACAACAAAUGCAUGACGGGUGUCUUGUCUUCAAG